AUGUUGGAUCAUCCCUGCUCAGCGGCCGUAGAGGAUGUCUUCGGCCCAACGGUAGCUCCGUCUUGUCUUCAUGGCUUCGAUUUCACCCUCCUGUUCGAGGAAAGCAUCCUCACUCUUGUCCCAAUUGGCCUUGUUUGUUUGACCGCGUCUUUUCGCGCUUGGAAGCUCCGUCGUGCGCCUGAGAAGGUCAACCGGUCAUGGUUGUACGCUGCGAAGGAGCUGUCUUGGCUGUUCUACACCGCGUGCCAUGUUGCGUUGCUGAUCAUUUUAUUUCAACUGGAUACUCCCAAAACGAGAGCGACCAUAGGCACAACACUUGUGACCGUGCUCACUUCUGUCUUUUUGCUUUUCUUCUCUCAUCUUGAGCACCUUCGCUCAAUACGGCCAUCAACAAUCCUAAAUGUCUUCCUCGGUUUUGCAUUGCUAUUUGACCUUGCGCGCCUCCGGACUUUGUAUUUCAUGUCUAACCAAACCGUGACUAGUUUGUUUGCUGUCAGCUGGGUGAUCAAAGCAAUCAUUCUGGUUUUCGAAGCGACAGAAAAAAGAAAGUUGCUUAAGAAGGUAUAUGAAAACAGCCCGAUCGAAUCAACCAGUGGCGUUAUUAAUCGAGCGCUAUUCUGGUGGCUGAGAGACCUCCUUUGGCGAGGGUCAAAGACCACUUUAACAGUGGAUAGCUUACCCUCUCUAGACGAUGACCUCAAGAAUGCCUCGAAUUCUCAAUCCCUCUUUGAAAGAUGGGAUAAAGCCGACAAAUACCGUUCAAACGCACUUCUGUGGACCUUUGUGGCUCACUACAAAUGGGCGUUCCUGGAAGGUGUUCUUCCCCGGCUUGCGUAUACAGGAUUUUGCUUCGCGCAGCCUUUCCUCGUGGAGCGCGUCCUUGAUUUUAUGACUGAACCGGAGCAUGUCAACUCAACCAACUACGCAUAUGGGCUCAUCGGCGCCUAUGCUAUUGUGUACAUCGGCAUCGCAGUAUCCUAUGCUGCCUAUGAACACAAAACCUUCCGUGUUAUCACUAUGGUCCGGGGAAGCUUGGUAACAAUGAUCUUCAACAAAACACUGCGGCUGAGCACAUCUGCUGUUUCAGAUGCGGCGGCUAUUACCUUGAUGAGCACUGACAUUGAGCGCAUUGGAUUUGGCCUAAUAGAUAUGCAUGAGAUAUACUCAAACAUCACCGAGGUUGCAUUGGCUUUGUGGUUGCUGGCAAGGCUCUUGAACAUUGCGACAAUCGCAUCUACGGUAAUAGUUGUCAUAUGUCUCAUUGCUGGUAUCCCUUUGGCCGUGGUUUCAGGUAAUGCGCAGGGAACAUGGCUUGAAGCUGUCGAAGAGCGCGUGGCGGUUACCUCAAAUGUCCUCGGGGUAAUGAAGAAUAUCAAGAUGACAGGCCUUACAGAGAUCAUCUCCAGAAAUCUUCGAGAUCUUCGAACUGCGGAAAUUGAGGCUUCAUAUAUGUUCCGACUUCUCGGAGUUAUAAGGCUCACACUUGGCUAUGCCUCUACUACCCUGGCACCCGUGUUUGGAUUUGGUGCCUACAUACUACUUGCCCAGGUCAAUGACACAGCUACUCUAACCAACGGCGUGGCAUUUUCUGCACUGACUCUUUUUGCUUUAUUGGAUCAACCAAUGGUCUCUAUCGUGGAUGGCUCGGAGGACUUUAUGGCAGUUGUUAAUUGUUUCCAGCGAAUUCAAAAGCAUUUGCUAGAGACAGAAAGAAAAGACUACCGAGUAAAGCAUGGAUCAGAUCAACACAGCGUCCCCCCUCUGAUCGAGGUUGAUUCCUUAACCCAGAGCCAGAACAAUGAACCUUGUGUUGUCAUCCGAAACUUGUCUGCAGCCUGGUCAAUUGACGAUGAGCCCGUGUUAAAAGACUUGAACAUUGACAUCCAAGUCUCAAAGAUUACAAUGAUUGUUGGGCCAGUCGGAUGCGGAAAAUCCACUUUUUUGAAAACCCUCAUGGGAGAGAUACCAGAAUGCUCCGGCUCAAUCUCGACCAACUUCACCAAUGCUGCAUAUUGUAACCAAUCACCAUGGAUUACAUUCGGAACUCUCCAGGAAAAUAUUGUUGGGGCAUCGCCAUGGGACCGAACUCGGUACGACCGGGUUAUUCAGUCCUGCGCUUUGCAGGUCGACCUUCAACAGCUUCCUAUGGGUGAUCAGACCAAAGUUGGUGUUCGUGGGUCUCGACUGAGUGGUGGCCAACAAAUGCGUGUCGCACUUGCACGGGCGCUCUAUUCGAACGCGCCGGUUCUCAUUUUGGAUGAUGUUUUGACGGGUUUGGAUCGUGAAACGGAGAAGAUUAUUCUGGAGAUAGUCUUUUCUCGACAUGGUUCUAUCAAGCAGUCCCGCCAAACAGUGAUUAUGGCGACCAAUUCGGCUCAUCAUCUCGCCUAUGCGGACAAUAUCAUCGCGCUCGAUGAGAAUGGAAGACUUCUCGAGCAUGGGUCUUAUAGCGAGCUAGUCAGCACCGACGGCUAUGUCAGUACCCUGUCCGGUACUUCUCACACAGCCAGCACCACCCGAGCCCCGGAUAUCGUGCUCAAUGACGAAACCCUCCAAGGGUUAAACUUAGAUGAGAGCAAAGAGGAUUCAAGUCGAAGAACAGGCGAUUUGACUGUAUAUCGAUAUUAUUUCGAAAACAUAGGCUGGCCACUUCUGUCACUAUUACUUAUAUGCUGUGCCCUAUUCGUCCUGGGUCUCAGCUUUCCACAGAUAUGGCUGCAGUGGUGGACUCGUGCAAAUGAGCAACACCCAAAUGCACAUGUUUGGUAUUGGCUAACUGUGUAUGCUGCACUUGGCUUUUUCUCGCUUUUGACUACUUUCCUUGGCACAUGGAUUCUCGCCAUGUUUAUUCAGCCCAAGACAGCUCGCCGGUUCCAUGAGAUUCUUCUUCGUACAACAAUGGGAGCAACAACUUCAUUCUUGACCUCGACGGAUAUUGGAAAUACCACAAACAGAUUCAGCCAAGACCUUGAAUUGAUCGACGAAGAGUUGCCUGAAACUCUGGAGCUCACAGUCAAUGCCGCUCUCAGCUGCAUUACCGAAGGAUUCCUUGUCUUUGUUGGAUCAUCUUAUGUCACAGCAGCGCUGAUCCCAUUUUGCGUCCUCGUAGUUUACUACGUGGCAAAGUUCUACAUCAAGACCUCUCGUCAGCUGCGGCUCUUAGGAAUCGAAUCCAAGGCCCCUCUUUUCUCCCAGUUCCUGGAGGUCCUAGGCGGACUCUCAAGCAUUCGAGCCUAUGGCUGGAGCAAGGAGUACCAGCGCCGCAAUCUGAUUGCUUUGGAUGCCUCGCAGCGCCCUUCUUACAUGCUAUAUUGCAUCCAGCGCUGGAUAGGUCUUGUUUUGGACCUGAUAGUGGCAUUCAUCGCCGUCGCUGUCAUUUCUAUUGCAAUUUCUAUGAGAGGAAGCCCGUCCAUGAACCUGUUGGGCAUUGCACUCUUUAACAUUGUCAAUUUCAGUAGUACUCUGCAGUCAUUUGUGACACACUGGAUUGGACUGGAAACCUCCAUUGGUGCUGUUUCUAGAAUUCGCUCCUAUGUGCAAUAUGCCACAACUGAGGAUUUGGAUGCUGAAUCAGAGGUGCUUCCUGAGGACUGGCCUCGACAAGGUCGUGUUGAACUUUCUGGCCUUUCAGCCUCUUAUGAUGCUUUCUCGGAUCCAGUACUGAAAGACAUCAGUCUCAACAUCCUUCCUGGUGAAAAGGUAGCUCUGUGUGGUAGGACUGGAAGUGGCAAAUCAUCCCUUGUUUCAGCACUUCUGCGGAUACUUGAGCUCAGCAAAGGCACCAUUCGCAUAGAUGGUAUAGAUAUUUCAAAAGUUUCAAGAUCCCACGUGCGAUCCAGAAUCAACAUCAUCCCCCAGCAGCCAUUCUUCCUCCAUGGCAGCGUUCGGCUAAACGCCAAUCCUGAGUCCAAUGCGGAUGACAAACAGAUCAUUAAUGCUCUUCAAGCUGUCAAUUUAUGGUCCUACAUUGAGGCAAAAGGCGGCUUGGAUAUCGACAUGUCCGAUGAUCUUCUUUCCCACGGACAGCAACAACUAUUCUGUCUUGCGCGCGCACUGUGCAAGUCAAGCAGUAUUGUCAUUAUGGAUGAGGCAACUAGCAGUGUGGAUUCUGAGACAGACACACUAAUGCAGACGGUCAUUCGGACUCACUUCAAAGACCAGACUCUCAUUGCCAUUGCGCACAAGCUGCAUACAAUUUUGGAUUUUGACAAGGUUGCUCUCAUAGAAAAGGGUCAGGUUGUGGAAUUUGAUACACCACAGACUCUUCUAUCAAGGGAAGGUUCGGCGUUCAAGACUUUGUAUAAUAGCUUUCAUAAGGGCUCCAAAGAAUAG